AUGUUUGGCUUAAUAUUAUCUGGUCAAUUAGUUCAAACAGACUUUCAAUUAGUGGGAAAAAAACAAUUCUUAAUAAAUGUUCCUAAUGCAGAUAACGUGAAUCACAUCGUCGUUUUUCUUACUGGAACAAUGCCUUUCCCAGAAGGGUGUGGAGGUCUUGUUUACUUUAGUUUUCCAGAUCCAAAUAGUCCGCCUUGUUGGCAUCUGUUGGGAUUUAUUUCAAAUGAAAAACCCAGUGCCAUAUUUAGGAUUUCAAAUUUAAAAAAUACAACUAAAUAUGCAUUGAAUGCAGAUGGAAGUACUUUUAUGUUCGGUCAAGGAGAAAUUCGUUUAACUGCUCAGGUAGGAAUAGCCGUUGAAAAUAUGGCCAAUAUUCAACAACAAUGUAUCAACACACCUGCAGAAAAUAUUAAUGCUUCUUCAUUUGUUGAAUUCUCUCAAAAAAUGCUUCAAAAUUUUAUGAAUUAUGCAUCAAGCUUCAUAAUUAAUCAAGCCCAAAUGGUGCCUAAUGUUACUGAAAGUUAUAUUCCAUUUUCAGUACUUUCUAAUUGGUAUUCAAAUUUUGAAAGAAGAUUACUCCAAAAUCCAAAUUUUUGGAAAGAGUAA